AAAACUCGAAACGAAUCUCAUGAUAACUUUGUCCUCCUAAGUAACCUUGGCCCUGGUCCCGCGUUUCUCUUCUCGAUAACGACAAUUAUGCGCCCACGGUUUUGGUGCAGUGUCUAUGUCAUUCUCUUCUACUUCAAUCUCUUGGGACCUACGCAUUCCGGAAGACCAGUCAGAGCUUUGGCCUUCCCUAAAGGCAGCACCUUUUUCUAUCGCCUAAACUACAAGAUAAACUCUUUACCUUACACGACGAUCUUCGCGCAAGCGGCAGGCUUUAAGGUGACAUGGGAACUACCGACCACUGGUGAGCUUCGGAAUGUCCGGUCUGUCCCAGAUGUCCAUAAAUGCGCCGAACUUGUAUACGAAAGUCAUGGUUUCGAUGGCCGUUCUUGCUUACUAAAGAAUAUCUGCCAGAGCCUACAAUACGUGAGGUGGAAGGAUGGUGUUAUAGGGAAGAUAUUGAAAUUGCUUGCGGAGUCGUAUAUUAAUAAUGGCACUUGGUACGAAGAUCCACUGUUCUGUGAGCAUCAUACUAUGAAUUGCCCUUUGCAAUUAGUCGGCUUUAAUAGUUUUAUGGAGAGCUAG